CUGGAUGUUGAUAUUUGAAAUUAUUUUGUUGUACGUCGUGUCGGGACCAAGUCACGCGCUCACCGGCGGCACCUCGCACAACAUCACCACCUGCGAAGAAUUCGAACGCGGAGCUCGGUUCGAUCCAUACGCGAUUAUCGAUUCAAUGUGGAAAAUAUUCUACUUUUGGGCAAACACAACGGAGAUCAAUCCAAUUGUGUUUUCGUUGCCCGCAAAAAAGAGGUUAGCAAAGUUUAAGGAAGUAAUAGAAGCAAUCGAGCCACAUCUUGAGGUGGAAUGGCAAAAAGCGACGAUGUUCAUGACCCCACGACCGGGCGUUGAGGUUCUCCUGCUGCAUGCGACAACACCGGGAGCAUUUCGAGCACUCGUCAAGCAAGAACAGCGUCAUAAAGCAAGACCACAACCAGUGCCAUUAGUAAAAUUCGCCGAUAUACGAAUAAAGUUAGUAAAUCAAUUUAUGGGAAUGAUGUGUUGUGAAGACCUAACUGCGUACGCUCUGGCAAGAACCGAUAGCAUUCCAACCACAGAAAAAAGUUGCAAAGAAGCUGCUGACAAAAUCGGGUACAAAGGGCCAGAUGGAAGAUCUUAUCUUUUUUUGCAGAAAAGGCAAAUUGACGAUGAAUUUUAAAUUUAUAAGAAACAAUUUUAGUCCGAAAACCAUAACAACUUGAAAAAAAAAAUGUUUACAAAACAACAAGCCUCCAGCGACUUUACAACGUUUUACAAGUAAAUCAUUAAAUAACGUAACUCUGAUUUCUUUCUAAAAUGGAAAAUUUCGACAACAAAAUUUCAAAACAAACAAAAUUCUUAAAACGAUGUUAAUCUAUCUGGCCUUUUCAUUAUCUUUAUUGAAAUAAACAAUGACCAAUCAUCUGUAAUGCUGUUCACUGAAAAGGUUGGACUUACUAGUACCGGUGAAGACACAAUAAAAUAUGUUUUAACAUUAUUAUUUUUAUUGUUUGAGUUUUGCACAUUAUGAUCGGUUUGAUUUCAUUGAUUCAAUCAAUCAAUCUUUAAUUGACUAUUGAAAUAUUUUAUAAUAUUAAUUGAUUAUAUUAAAAAGAUUUCUCGAGUCGUAGAUAAGAUUAAACACAGUUUUUCAUUUUAAUAUCUAAAUGUACAAUAAAACACAACAAAAAAUCUGUGAUGUUUUCCAUCCAACAGUGCAAAGUUACAAACAGUGUAAGAAAUACAGUAUACGUAAAAUAUGUUUGCGGGAAGGUAUUGCGUGCUAUAAUUGAUUUAUUGGCAGAUCGGGACCGUGAAAGUCCCAUUUCCCACAUUACUCAGUAAAAUAUCGAUGGAACCACAGCGAGCUCGAACAAGAAGUGCAAAAUCUAUGCUUUUAUUAGAUAAAAAAUCCAUCAAGUCAUCUUUGGUUCGUAUUUGCAGCCAUAAUAUUACAAUACAACAUUUUUUCGUGUUAAAUGUAAGAAAAUACAGUUAUAAACAUAAGAAUAAUAAAACAGCACCUUUUUUCACAAUACCACACACAUAUGUACGUAGUUCAUGCGUAUUUCAGGCUGUCUCUAUAAGUUUCACUGAAAGCCGGAUAUUGGUGAACGUUAGGAUUUUCCGGCAUAUCCUGACGUUCUCCAAUAGCUCGUGAUAUUUACAAAGAAAACAAGACUCUAGAAAUAUCAACUGUUACUUUGCUACUAGAUUUAAAAAUGCAUAUAUUAAACUAGAACCAACUUACUACUAGAAAUUUGCAUUUUGAAUAUAAGCUGCCAGAACAAUUUAAGUUAUAUUCCUGAUAUUAAAAAUGUGAAAUUUACUCCUGAGACUCACCCACUGAUGCUCUUAUAAAUUAAAAUUUUAAUAACUCAUCCCC